UCUAGUAGGUUACGACAGCAUUAAUAUGUCUACAAGUUAAAUAAUUAUAAUUUAAGACACUAUGCAGAAAAGCUUCAGCGAACCUUCUCUAGGAACUAUCGGAACCGGGACAAUUUCUUUAAAUGCAAAUACGGCAAUAAGUCAUAUGAGUUUACAUCAAACCAAAAUGAAACUAAACAGGUUCAAGGGUAAGUUUUUAUGGAAUGGCCGUAUCGGAGUCAUAACAAGGUUUAUGCUUGACCUUCCUUGGAAAUUGUCAUGGCAGAUAUUUACACUGGUGCUGAUUAUGUACAAAUUUGUCAUUCAUCUAUUGCUUGUUUAUUAUAUGAAGAGGUCAUGGUUGAUAUUGGAAGCUUCACUUAUUAUAGCUGAAGUUUUGUUUAUGGUUGACGUCAUCUUGCAUUUGCUUCACGCCUUUUGGCCUUUAGUAAGACUCCAUAUGAGAGUAUAUAAAAGAAAUUACGUCUUACUAUUUUAUGACGUCAUAUCAUUAGCACCAUUGUCUAUUAUUUUUAAAUACAACCUUAAAUAUAAAUACUUAGCAGCAAUCGGUAGUUGGUUAGGUGUUGGAAGAAUUUAUAGAAUGUAUGUUCUUUUCACAAAUAUCAAAGAAACUGUAAGUAUGAGGAGUUUUCGUAUGAAAGUAUACAUUAUAGAGCAUGUUCUAUCAGUGAUCUUGCUAUCGCAUGUAAGCACGUGCCUCUGGUACUCGAUGCAUUCCACACGAUCAGAUAUGAAGGAAUGGCAUAAGCUAGGCUAUCCCGAACAUGUUAAUAGAAAGAAAUUGCAAUUUAAUAGUUACGGGCGUUGCUGGUAUUAUUGCACUUGUAGAUUAUUUAAUGUCAUAUUUGGCGACUCUUUUCCUCUGAGUGCGAGUGAAAAAUUGCUUACAUCAUUUUUAAUGCUUUUCGGUUGCGUUUUCCUGCGUUAUCAAUUCAUUGGAAAUCUGACAUGGGAAAUGGUUCUGAAACAACGACGAUGGUUUACAUUCGUAGAUAGAUAUCACCACAUGAUUAAUUAUUUAAAAUUGCGCGGAGCCUCAACUGCCUUAACUGAACAGACAGAAAGGUACAAGACUCAGCUAUGGAAAAUGAAAGACGGUGUUCUGAGCUCGAAUUACUUUCGCCAGUUACCGACUUCCUUACAAAUGGAACUUAUAUUUGAUAUUAACGUAGGUCAUUUCCAUGAUACAAUGCUGUUUAGAGAUUGUGAUGAAGCAUUCAUGCGUCAAGUAUCCUUACUAAUGAGACACGAGAUAUAUCUAAGUGGUCAGCAAAUCUGGUGUCAAGGCGUAGUGAAAGGAGGAAUGAUAUGGAUUAAAAAGGGAGUCUUAGAGUUAUUGUCUGACGAAGAUGAUGAAAGUCCUAUGAUCGCUUUUAAAGAAGGAACCGUUCUAGGAGAGAUAUGUUUAUUCUAUUCUAUUCCAGCGAAAGUAACUAUAAAGGCUGCGACAUAUGUAGAAUUACAGGUGCUACGACGAACGGAAUUUUUAAGAACAAUGAACGAAAAUCCUGUUAAACUGAAAGAGAUAAGGAACAAAGUUGAAAGUCGACUUUCAAGCUCAAGACGGAGACAAGAAGCAAUAACGAAAUAUGAUAAGGGUGAUUCAAGACUUAUUAGAACACGCUACAGACCUAUGAAGGUAUUCAAAGAGCAUUUAUCAGGUCUAGAAGAGGAAGAUUCAACAUUUGUUGAUGAUUCACAUUUAUAUUACAGAGAUGAAAAUAACGAACGACAAAGAAAGUUCACAACUGAGUACUUGGAACUUUAUGAAAUUUCUGAUAACGUGACCACAAUGGACGAACCAACAAUUUGCCUUAAAUCAAAAUUUCCAUGGAUACUUGAACCUAAUACUGAUUUUACUUUAAUGUUUGAUAUAGCUCAUUUCUGUAUGAUCAUGUAUGUGUGCAUAAUGUCACCUUACAUAGAAAUUCGUAACAAAGAGAAAAGUUGGGAGAAAGUUAUGAGUACAGUUGUGUUUACUGGUUUAUUAUUAAAUAUUUACAUACAAUUGACUACAGCUGUUGUUGAUAAGAAUACAAUAAAGGACACAGUGAAAGACAUAGCCGAAGUAAAGAUGGCAACUAUAGGAUUUUACUUGGAUAUUUUGUCACUAUUUCCUUUGCAUAUAUUUACCGAUACUCUUGAUCCUAAUAGGGAAUCAAUUUUAAGUCAGUUAGUGGUAAUGCUACCGAUUCUUCAAGUUUGGCAUAUUUGGAGCUACCUCUCCAAAUGGGAAAAUAAUUUCAAUGUUAGCGUCAGGUUAAUCUGCUUGAUAAAGUAUGCUCUACUAAUAACAAUCUCCUGUUAUUGGUCUGGAUGUCUGCUCUACCUCAUCGCUUGUCCUAAGAAAUUGUGUAUAGAUAGGUCAUGGAUGUCUCAGUUAAUCUACUGGGAGACUAAGAUCUUCGUCACAAACGAUGCUAAGCACGAAAAGCCUAUAGUAACCGCACUCGACUUUGGGACAUCAAUUUUUACAGGCAGUGGAACUUCGGACUUAGCACCAGGAAUAAGAGAUCUCUUAUUUGUAACUUUUUUGCUAAUCGCUGGAUCGUACUUGGGUUGUUUUUACAUUGCCAAAGUUUGUAGCAUUUAUUUACUUCUUACACAACGAAAAUUAAAAUUCAAGGAAUCAAUGCGAGAAUUAUUUUAUUUUCUAACAGUUAAUCACGUGAGCAGUAAAAUUAAAGCUCGGGUUAAAAAAUUCUUUUGUGUACAAUGGUAUUACAAUAACGCUGUAUCAUCGGAUGAAAUUUUCAAAGACAUAUCUCCGAAUUUACAACAAGAAAUACUAUCUGUAGAAAUGGUGGACACAUUGCUGUGCUGUACAUUAUUUCAAGAAUCUAGUCAUGAUUUCCUACAAACAGUAGCAGCUAACAUCAAAACUAUUGUACUUCCUGAUAACGAAAUCGUACAACAUGCAGGAGAUAUCGGCAGAGAUAUGUAUAUUUUAUCAAAAGGUCAUUGCAAAGUGAUUAGCUACAAAGGAGUGACAGUGAACAAUGGUGGGCCUGGGAGUAAGUUCGGUAUAUUUGAGAUGCUCUAUGGACUUCCAAAAGUUUACACUGUGGUAACAUCAACUAAUUGCAUUUUAUUGCAUCUCGACUAUCGCACUUUGGUGCAAUGCUGGAGUAUCUUUCCUGACAUCAGUCACAUUGUUAUGACGGUUCUCCAUGAUCCUGAAAUAUGUGAACAAGCUAAAUCUUUUGAAAAUGCUAAACCAUUAACUGGUAGACUUGAUGCUAAAACAAAUAGAAUCGCACAAGAAAUCAAAGAGAGUUUCAUUGUUAUAAAUGAUCGAGAAGAGAAGACGCAUUAUUUAAAAGCUUUCGAACAAUUAGGAGUUAUGAGUUUAAUUCGAUACAUAUUUCUGCCAAUAUGUAUCACGCCGCACGGAAUAUUUUUAAAGUUUUGGUGCACUUUACGUUUGGUUGUUGCCAUCUACUAUAUUUUAGUUGUUCCUUAUAACAUUUCUACAAAACAACAUAAAUAUGGCAACAGCUACAUAUGGUCGGAUAUGUUUUUGUACAUCGACAUAAUCGUAAUGGCCUAUGUCGCGUACUAUGAUGACCGUUACUUGUUAGUUACACAUCCUUUGUUGACGGUAACACGGUAUCUGAAGCAUGCUUUCGUCUUGGAUAUUAUUAGCAUAUUUCCCUUCGAACAAUUGUCAAGUAUUAUAAACGAACAUUCCGAUACAGACCUCUAUAGAUUGAAUCGCAUAUUACUGGUAACACGAAUAUUGGGUGCAUUUUCGUAUUGGGAAAAUGAUAUAAUGAGAAUAAAUCAGGCUGUUGUGUUGUUCAAAUUCUUGCCUCUUGUUGCGACUGUGGUCAACUCUGCUACUGCGUUUAUAUUUAUUAGUGCCUGUCAGCCGUUCCUUCCUCCAGACUCGUAUUACGUCUUAGUCAAUUGUUCGAGAACCUUCGUUAUUUCUGGCAAUACAUAUGAGAUUAAAUAUGCAAUAACGGAAUACAUUCAUACUUUUUAUUGGGUGUUCGAAUUAUUUGUUGGUUGCGGGUGCACACCAAUUGUACUAUCGAAUAAAGCGGACGUUUGGUUAACUAUGAUACUACAAAUAAGUGGAGCUCUUUACUUCGCAUUUAUGUUUGGAUAUAUAGCAUCCACACAAUCGACUGCAUCCCAUGCAUUGCUGGAACACACAGAACAGACAAGCGAUUUAGCCGAUUUCCUUUACCAGCAAAAUGUCGACCCGACAAUCACUAUGAAAACACUAAAAUAUUUCGAAUACGUUUGGAAAAGAACCAACGGAAGUAAUGCACAGCAAAUAUGUCGUGGACUUAACUCUGCAUUAAUGGAAGACACGUUAGUGUUUAUGUACGAGAGAGCAUUACGAGAGGUGCCUCUGUUCGGUAGAGUCGAACGAUCCUUUAUCAGAGUCAUCACGCAACAUUUACACGAAAUGUACUUCCUUAAAGGAGACACUGUGAUUCAAUGCAAAGAUGUUCAGAAUGAUAUCUUUAUUAUUUACAGAGGAAAGGUUGAUGUGUUAAGUACGUACAACGAAAUGAUUACUUGUAUGGGACCCGGUGGUAUGUUUGGGAAUUUUACUGGGCAAUCGACAUCGUGCUCAGAAGUGGCUAUUUACGCAAGUAGAAGCUUAGACUUGUUGGUGUUGCCAAGUCAAACAUUUUUCAAUUUAGUUAAAUAUUAUCCGAAAAUACAAGAACCAUUGCGAAAGGCGUUUGAAGUGUCAAAAGAUUACAUUCUACCAAUAUCGAUGGAUAUUUCCAGCGACGAUGAGUCUACAGAAGAUUCCGACUUUGAUUUGCAAUCUCAAGAUUCAGCUAUCGAUUCUAGAAGUGGUUCCAGCCGAUUUGAAGUGCCAGUUGGACAAAUAUCAGUGCGAAGUUCUCAUUCGAAUAUUAGUCAGUCUAAAUCAGCAGCGAGUGUUAUAAGCUAUCAGAGUUAUAUGCGUUUGUCAAAUUUGUUCAGACCUGGCACAUUACUGUUUCAAGCAUUUGGAUAUCUAACAUGUAUAGUAGCCACAGCCAACUACGUACUAAUUCUAUACGAACUCGUCACACUGAAUGAUUGCUACAUCAUAUUUUGGGUUCAAUCAGCAUUCGAUAUAUAUUUUUACUUGAAGAUCUACACAUAUAUGCAUCAGGGCUACCUCAAUAAACAUGGAGAGUUAAUAUUGAGUCACUCUAAAUGCCGUCGCAGAUAUUUUAAACACAAGCUGUGGGUGUGGACAGACAUUAUUGCCAAUUUCCCGCUGGAGCUUUUCGGAUUUUGUUUUUCAAAUCCAAUAAAAGCAAUGCACUACCUACGUGGAACUAAAUUAUUAAGACUGAAACAUAUCUAUGACUUUUAUUGCAAGACUGCCGCUGAACUAACAAAUAAUCUAACAACAUUACAAUCGAUGACCACAAUUUUCUUGGUGGUACUAUUCAUUCAUACAUUUACAUGUAUCUGGCUGGUUACACUAAUCGCAACAGCACCUUAUCAAUUCAUCAGGACUUUAAAAAUGCAUCUCAUCGACGAGGACACACCACAACAGCGAUGGGACUACAUGACAUCUCUAUACUUGGUGAUAUCUGAACUAACUGGAACCGGUGGCGAUGAGAUUCACAUUGGCGAUAUAUUCCCAAUGGCGAUAUUAGUGAUCUGUCUGAUUUGUGGGAAAAUGUUAGCGGCUAUAGUUGUCGCCACUUCGAUACAAAUCGCCCAUUCAACUAAAUAUGCCUUGAACAGUUACGAAAUUAAAACUGAAGAGUUAAUCGAUCUGCUGAAGAAUCAAGGUUUAUCGGAUUAUCAAUUAAAAAAGUUUUGGAAAUACGUCCGACAACUUUGGGUCAGCGAACGCGGUCGUCAGUUACCAAAUUUAAUGGAAAAAACUCCAUACGUGUUACGCUGCGACCUUAUGACCGCUAUGUUCGGUCACCAUUUGAGGAACUGUUAUCUGUUCGCUGAAACCGGGGAGCCAUUUUUACGUCAGUUGACCGCAGCAUUGAAUUAUACGGUUUUCUUUCCCGGUAACUACAUAGUGGUAGCAGGAGAUAGUGAGGCUUGCAUGUUCUGGGUGGCCUCAGGCUCGGUAUCCGUGGUUUCGGUGCGAGCUGACUUAACGGAGACCACACACGAGACGCUUAACGCCGGCGACGCGUUUGGCAUGCUGCAAGGGUUAAACCGUGGCGUAUCGCAUUACUUCUCCUAUAGAGCGGAUACUAAGGUGGGUAUUUUAUCUUUGAGCCUAGACUCCUGGAUCAACAUAGUCCCUUACUUUCCUUCUGCACAGAAAAUUAUAUCCGAGAGAUCAGAAGUUCUAUUUGCCCAGAUUUAAAUGUUUUAAUGAAUAGUAAUUAAUUUUACGUAUUUCGUGUUUAUUUAAUGUAAUGAU